CUGUUGAAAGAGUACAACUUAUAAAUGCCUUAUGAGCUUAGUACAACUGUUUUAACAUACUGUAUCAUAACUCAAAUCUAAGGGAAAUAUUGCUACAUGUAAUUGGGUUUUUGGUCAUUUAGGUUUUAGUGAACAAAGGAUGGGUAGCUUCAAAUCAUAUUUAAAAAAGUAAUGUUGAUAUCAUGGAACAGACAUGAUAGCAAUGAAGUGCUCUUUGCAUGUGCUUAUAGUCAUGGAUUGCAUUUGCUCCACUCAUUGUAAAAAUGUUGUUAGUCUGGCUUGAUGGUGCACAUAUUGAAGACUGUGGCUUUAUUAACGAGAGGGAUUCCCUGUACGGGGAGGAGUCAGCUGCGUAUGGAGGCAGAUCAGCGAAGAGUUUUCCUCCGUUUGUUUGGUUGUGUGUGUGUUGAACUUGUGGCAGUAAGCUGGUGGAUGUGCAGUGUUAAGUGUGAGUGGAUGUUGUGUGUGACUGUGUACCCAGUUCAAGAGGACAACGUAAGAGAAAACUGCAGGAGAUUUUCCCAUUGGUUUGGUCGUUUUAUCAAAGGAAUAGCUUACCGACACCGAUUGUCAAACUCUUGGCUCGCGGUUUCUCAGCUCCGUGUGUUUCUGUGUGCUAGUCUAGCAGGUCUCGAGGUAUCUGGUCAGUGGAGUGAGGAGUAAAUGUGAUCUCCAGAACUGGGACCUACAGAAGGAUAACAUGGCCUUAGCCGGGUGUCCGGACUACUUCCUCCUCCAACCUAACUACCAGGAAACUGUGGACCGGACUUCCUCCCACAGACCAGACGAUUUGAUUGGUCAAGGGUUUCAACGCUCUGCCCAUCGGAACUCCGACCAUCAAGAUGAUGUGGAUCUGGAGGCGUUGGUGAAUGAUAUGAACUCCUCUCUGGAGAGUCUCUACUCCAGCUGCAAUACCCACACAGAGACGGCCCCGCUGCUGCACAACAGCCACGUGCACACCCUUCAUCACGGGCACGCUCCUCACGGGCGCGGCCCUCGCCCCCAGCGUCCUACGCCACCUCUGCCCCACUCCUGCACCCAAGAGAGGCUGUGUCGCUCUCAGCCCGUACACAUCAACGCCUUCAGGAGGCUCCAGGAGGAGCAGCAGCAGUGUCGUCCCUCCUCUCUCCCUGCCAUCAUCAACCCCUUCCCUGAACUCUGCACCCCCACUGGCUCUCCCAUACUCAGCCCCAUACACACCACAGACAACCAUAUCAUCAAGGUGUACAGUGAGGAUGGAGCAGGGAAGGUGGUGGAGGUGCCGGCUGAUAUGAGGGCCAGAGAUGUGUGUCAGCUCCUGGUCUAUAAGAGCCACUGUCUGGAUGACAACAGCUGGAGCCUGGUGGAGCAUCACCCACUACUGGGCCUCGAGCGCUGUCUGGAGGACCAUGAGUUGGUGGUUCAGGUUCAAGCCUCUAUGACCAGCGACAGUAAAUUCCUCUUCAGGAAGAACUAUGCCAAGUAUGAGUUCUUCAGGAACCCCCUGAACUUCUUUCCGGAGCAGAUGGUGGCAUGGUGUCAGGAAUCUAACGGCUCCAUCCCCCAGUCACAGCUCUUACAGAACUUCCUAAACUCCAGCAGCUGUCCGGAGGUGCAGGGGUUCCUCUAUCUGAAGGAGUCGGGGAGGAAGUCCUGGAAGAGACUUUCCAUGUUCCUCAGGCGCUCUGGACUCUACUGCUCCACUAAGGGAUCCUCCAAGGAGCCCAGACACCUCCAGUUGUUAUCAGACCUGGAGGACAGCAGUGUGUUCACAGUGACCACAGGGAGGAAGCUGCACAACGCCCCCACUGACUACCAGUUCUGUAUCAAGCCCAGUAAGGUGAGGAGUGAGUGCAAGGAGCUGAGGAUGCUGUGUGCCGAAGAUGAACAGAGCAGAACCUGCUGGAUGACUGCCUUCAGACUGUUAAAGUAUGGAAUAUUACUGUAUCAGAACUACAAGAGUCCCCAGCAGCAGAAGUCUCCGGUCUCACACUUCUCUACUCCUGUGAGGAGUGUGUCUGAGAACUCUCUGGUGGCCAUGGACUUCUCUGGCAGAACGGGACGCAUCAUAGAAAACCCUCUGGAAGCACAGAACGCCGCGGUGGAGGAGGGACAGACAUGGAGGAAACGGGGUCAGCGUAUGAAUGCUCUGGGCAGCCCCAGCCCCCUCCACCCAUCUUCUCUCAGCUCUGUGAUCCACAGAACACAGCUAUGGUUCCAUGGUCGCAUCAUUAGAGAAGAGUCCCACAAGAUGAUCAUGCAACAAGGACAAGUAGACGGGUUGUUCCUGCUGAGAGACAGUCAGAGUAACCCCAAGGCAUUUGUCCUGACCUUGUGCCACCACCAGAAGAUCAGACACUUCCAGAUCCUACCGUGCGAGGAGGAGGGUCAGAUGUUGUUCAGUUUGGAUGAUGGUUCCACCAAGUUCACAGACCUGAUCCACCUGGUGGAGUUCUACCAGCUCAACAGAGGGGUGCUGCCCUGCAAGCUCAAACACCCCUGUACCGCCGUGGCCUUGUGACCCUUCACCCCUGACCUCUGACCCAUGAACCAUAACCCCUGCCCUCUGGUCUCACACACUAACCUCUGUCUGCAGUUAAAUUCUCUACCCCUCGUUCACUCGAUCGUCAAGUGUGCACUUAUUCACUCGUUCCUCGUGGAUUUAAAAGGAAUGGAGCGUUGGAAGGAAGGAUGCUGAUGGCCCAUGCUUAGUUACACCAAUGCUUUUAAAAUGCAUGAGGGGUAGUGAGCAAUUUCACACUUUGGGGGGAGGGGUGGGGAAUUUGAAAGUGGCCACACACAUAGAUAGACGGACAGACAGACAUGUGGUGUACUAUAUUGGUCUGUGGAAAUCUGUGGAUCCAACCAAGCCCCUGUUUCCUCCUCCUUCACCCACCUCAGACAGACAGACGAUAGACAGGGGGCUGGUUUCCCCGCACUUCUUUAUUGAUCAUCAGGGAUCGACAUGGAUCGAAUAGAUCACAACGAUUGACCAUAUGUCAAAUCAACCUGUGCAGUCCAGUCUUUAUAAGCUGAUCACCUGAUGCUUCAUGCUGCCUACUGGCUGAUGUUGCCUGGGGUGCAUCAUGAAGCACGACAUUGCCUGGGGGGCAUCCUGAAGCGUGACGUUACCUGGUGGGCAUCCUGAAAUGUGACGUUACCUGGGGGGCAUCCUGAAACGUGACGUUGCCUGGGAAGCAUCCUGAAACGUGACGUUGCCUGGGGGGCAUCCUGAAACGUGACGUUGCCUGGGGGGCAUCCUGAAAUGUGACGUUACCUGGAGGGGAAUCACGCCCUUCCUCUGCUUUCCUUACUGGACCAACCAUCUCACUCUAUCUCCGAUACUUUAUACAGGGCCACGAGGAAGAGAAAAAGAAAACGACAAAAAGAACACAGAACAAAAGCAAACCGUCUUGGCCAUUUGUUUGAAAUGGCAGAUGAUUGUUUGAGAUGGGGACUUCCCUGUCAGAGCUGAUGGCGUUGCGAUGAUGUUGUAUUACUGUUGCAGAACUAUUUGCACUUGUGAACAGACAGCUGACAGUUGUCUUGUAAGCUGAAUGAAGCUGAAUGCUCCUUCUUCUCAACCUGCUCUUCCUCCUCUCUUCCUGCUCCUCGUUUCUGCGUAAGAAAUCCCAGCCUGCUGAUUGGAUCAGUAUAGCACGGGACAGGACUGAGAGGCUGAGCGUGCUGUUGCCAUGCCGUUGAGAAAGGUGACUGCUGGGCAGCUCCGGAAAGCCUCUCCAGCCUCUCUGUUCCUGCUUCAUCCGGCUCCACCUGAUCCCAUCAGAACAUUUGGAAAACCCAGAACAUUCCCUGGAAUCAACCCUAAAGUUCAGAGAGAUGAGAACGGAACGGAAGGAAGAGGAGGAGACGUCUCACAUAGGACCCCGGAAAACCUGCCCCCUGCACCGUCAAUUUGGACUGUCAAGAGUUAAAUCUUUCAGGCUAUGUUCCAAUACCCACACUAAUAUUGCACUUAGAACUGAUGUCCAAUACAUUGUUUAAUUGUAAGUGAACAAAAUCUCAUCACCGCCAGUCAGCAUUGUAUGAAUGUCAAUAAUUAUUCUCCAAGUCAGUUGUUAGCUUCCUACUGCAGUCAGCAUGAUGAUGUGUUCAAAUACUAUUUUAUAUCAUUACAAAUACUUUAUCUGUGCUUGAUUGAGCUUGCCUGGCUUAAUAGACCAAUAGAACAGUCCCAAAAUGUAAAACCCCGCCCCUCUGGCACUCCAGGCAAUCUAGAGCAAACUCCCAAAGUAUUUGAUAGAUUUCAAAUAGUAUUUGAACCCAGGUCUGGCUGUGUUGUCCCUGACCCACACCUUGAUGUUGUAGACCGGGGGUGUCAAACUCAUUCCAUGAAGGACCUAGAGUCUGCUGGUUUUUUGUUUAUCCUUUCAAUUUGUGUCCAAUUAAGACCUAGACAACCAGGUGAGGGGAGUUCCUAACUAAUCAGUGACCAAUAGAUGUGAAAGGGCAUUCAUUCUCAGAAUACAGGGAUCCAUUUAAAGCACUCUCCAACAUGCCUGUAUUUAUGUUGAAAUGUAGGCUUGGUUGACUUUGCUGCAGCCACAGUUAAAUGAGUUUCCCUCGCCUUAAAGUGAACAUUGUGAGCGUGUCUGUGUGUAUGAAGUCAUACUAUUAUAAUGCACAUAAUACAUUUCAGAUAGAAGGAUAGAUGGACUAUGUUCCAAAUCCUCCUCUCCUGUUUAGGAAUGGAAACAAGGGUCUAGCAGGAAGGUUUCUGUGAGUAUUGGGACUCAGCCAGCCCCUUUUUGGUCCCAUCCUGUCCCGUACAGUCCCGUCCUGUUCUGUCUUGUCAUAUCCUGUCCUAUCCUGUUCUGUCCUGUCCUGUUCUGGCCCAUACUGCUCUGUCCUAUCCUGUCCCGACCUAUUCUGUCUUAUCCUGUCCCGUCCUGUCCUUCUCAGUCUUCUAGCGUGAGGCAGCAGAGCUGUAGGCCUAGCAAGUGUGUGACAUAAUACCUGCUCAAAGCUUCCACCAGAUUUACUAGACGCGCGCACACACACACACAUACACCGUCCCGUGCCAGAUUGACAGUUAAUAGCAAGGGGCUACCAGGCACUCUGCUAGGCCAGCUCUCUGAAUAACGUCACUCCCAUCCCGUCACUCCUGAACCAUGCCUGACUCUACAGCUCUACAGGAGUCUGCACUACCAACCAAUCACAUACUUCACCUCACUCAGAAGCUUAGUCAGUCAGGGCAGGCUAAAACUUUAACCACCCCUCUGUCUCGCUCUGUCUCUAUAUGUCGCUCUGUCUCACUCUCUCUCUCUCAAUCUUUGCCUCUUAAUCACUGUGUUAUAAUGCAAUCCUUCACAGAAGUCCAAUCGUAUGGAUGUACAGUAUAUAUAAAUUCUGCAUAUAUGAAUAUCUAUUUUAUAGAAUGUGAAACUAUGGAAAAGAUGUAGAUCUAACACUGUAUCUAGGUUACAGAUCACUAUGAGUGCGUUCCAAAUGGCACCCUAUUCCCUAUAUAGUGCAGUAUUAACGGGAAUAGGGUGCCAUUUGGGAGAUUGCCUAUGUAUUGGGCGUUAUGCUUUUGCUCAUCACUCAGUCUCAAAUGAAGAUUUUUAUUUUUUUCAUUAUUUGAUUCAUUGUGCAUAGCCACUUGCUAUUAAUUUUAUCACAAAUUGACCAUUUAUAUAUAAACAAUUAUAUACCAGAACAUAAACAGUAUAAAAUUAAGCUAUCAAACUGGACUCUUUUAGCAUGCAUUGAAUUCUACAAGAUGUAUAAGCUGACUGGCUCAGAGAAUGUUGAAACUGUCUAUGUAAGGACUUUCGAUGCUGUCAAAGUCCUGAGUCGCUGUCCUGAACAUGAGACUUAGGCCAGGAUUCAAUCAAAGGUGCGUUGUCGACAAGCCCACUGCACUGUCGACAAUGCGCCUUUUAAUUGCAAUUUCCCUGAUGUUUGCGGAGAUCGCAUUUAUGGUAAACGCUGCAGAUGUCGGCACAAGCGUAAAUUACCUUUAAAAGUGCAAAGCACUUGUUGACAAAGCACCUUUUGAUUGAAUCCGGGCCAUGCAGCUUUCCUUACACCAGUGUUUCCCAAACUUGGUCCUGGGGACCCCAAAGGGUGCACGUUUUGAUUUUUCUACCAGCUCAGUUGAUUAUUUGAAUCAGCUGUGUAGUGCUAGGGCAAAAACCAAAAUGUGCACCCUUGGGGUCCCCAGGACCGAGUUUGGGAAACCCUGCCUUACACUCAAUGGUGAGAACAUAUUGCUUACUUCACCCAUCCAGUUUUUCUGAUCUAGGCCUACAUCAGAAAAAGGCAUGAGGAAUAGUCUAGGGCAGGGGUAUUCAACUCUUACCCUACGAGGUCCGGAGCCUGCUGGUUUUCUGUUCUACCUGAUAAUUAAUUGCACUCCCCUGGUGUCCCAGGUCUAAAUCAGUCCCUGAAAUGCAGUGGAACUGGCUUUGAGGUCCAGACUAGAGACUGAAACGGAACCAGCUAAGCAUAUCUCUCGCAUACAUUUAUCAAAUAAGCCACACAAAAAAAAAGAAAAAAAAAGUAAGGUUGGCCUAAUGUUUCUGCUGUGCCAGUGUAGCCUUAUACCCUCCCUGUCUCUCUGCCCUUAACUCCAUGUACAGUAUGCAGGGUCCUGUUCCAUAGGGCCAACCCUAGCAGAACCUUUUUGCAAGGUGAAACUAUAAUCUUGUGUGUUUCAAUUGGAUAUGUUCAGGUAGUUUCUAUUUGUUACACUUUGUUUUAAUACAUUGUCUCACUGCUGAACACAACCCAUCUGUUCUGCACCACUCAAGCCCAUGGGCAGGGAUUCAAACAAAACUGGCUCGUACUAAAACUGCAAUCCACAACAGCCGACAUCGCACUGCACUUGACUUUCGAGGGUAAUUGAUGUUUUAGCCGACACCCGCUGCAUUUGCCCCGAAUACGAUCUCCACGAAUGUCAGCAAAAUUACUUUUUAAUAGUCAAGUGCAGUGUGCUGUCGGUGGGCGGCGCAUUGCGGUUUGUUUGAAUCCCGGCUCAUGUCUAUUAACGGAGGUGUCUGUCCACUCCUGUUCUCUCUGAGAGCUGAAUGUCAGGAAGACAUCUGAAUCAACCACGUUGUAUCUCCUGUUCAGGUAUUUUUGUACAAAUAAGGGACUGAUAUAUUCUCUGAUUAUUGGAAAUUAGAAAUAAAAGGCAACAUUGCUAUGAACCAAAA